AACCCUUAAACAAAAGAUCGGUGGGUCUGCAAACUUGACAAAUCAAGUUUAUCAAGAUUUGUAAUUAGUGGUUCUUACAGCACACAAUUCAAAGAGCAGAAGUCCCAGCGACCAGACUGUUUUGGGUCCCGAGGUUCGCAGUGCUUCCAUCGUAGGAAGGAUCACUUGGGUGAAAGGAGCCCUGAGCAAUCACCUCUGGAGCAAGAGCUGCUGGAAAUGUGAAUUUCUCUUGGAGAUCAAUAAAGUAUCAACAGAGGUUUGUUGGUUGUUCCUUGGUCAAGAUGUCAAGUCCCAACCCUUUGGCAAUGCUGGAGCAGAGAACAGCUGAGGCUGACAUGCUCAUUGAGUACCUCAAGGAACAUGUUGAGCUGCUCAAGGAAAAUGCAUCCAUCCAGGCCAACCUCAGAAAGGAGAAGAAACUGCUGGCGGAGAAUGCCAAACUGCAGCAGGACAUUGAUGAACUGAAAAAACAGCUGCUGGAGAGAGAAAAGAAUAGAGGAGAGCUAGAUGUAUCCGGGCCAUCAGUCGAAGGCGGUGUCGAGUACUCAUCCAAUGCCACUCCUCCCCAUCCUGCUGCUCUGGCACCCUCUGCCACCUCUGCUGCCGCCGCUGUCCAGAGCUCUCCCACGUGUGAUGACACCAAAAUGAAGCCGGAGGAAAAAGAGAAAAAGCCACAGCCAUCUGCAGGUCAAGAGGACAUCAAGGUGGAUGUGUCUCGCCUGGACCUGCGCGUUGGACGCAUUGUAAUGGCAGAGAAACACCCGGAUACAGACAGUCUGUAUGUGGAGCUGGUGGAUGUUGGCGAGCCCUCACCCAAGACUGUGGUCAGCGGGCUGGUCAAGCAUGUACCUCUGGAGCAGAUGCAGAACCGCAUGGCAGUUCUGCUGUGUAACCUGACGCCUGCCAAAAUGGGAAGAGUGACAUCCCAGGCCAUGGUCAUGUGUGCCAGCUCUCCAGACAAGGUGGAAAUCCUUGAUCCACCAGACGGUGCUGUACCAGGAGACAAAGUCACUUUCCAGGGCUUCCCAGGUGAACCCGAUAAGGAGCUGAACCCCAAGAAGAAAGUGUGGGAGCACAUUCAGCCGGACCUCCGCACGGAUGGCGAGUGUGUGGCGACCUACAAGGGGACUGCUUUUGAAGUGGCGGGCAAGGGUGUGUGCAGAGCCCAAACCCUGAGCAACAGCAGAAUCAAAUAAAGAAGGCGGCAAGCUAUUCUGGUUGUGACAAAUGGAAGUAUAUAACUUUCAAUAAAGUGUUUUCAUCUUCUAA